GUGGGUGAAGGAGAGAAACUGGUGCGUGCUCUAUUUGCAGUAGCCAGAGAACUUCAGCCUUCUAUAAUUUUUAUUGAUGAAGUUGAUAGCCUUCUGUGUGAAAGACGAGAAGGUGAACAUGAUGCUAGCAGGCGUCUAAAAACAGAAUUUUUAAUAGAAUUUGAUGGUGUGCAGUCUUCUGGAGAGGACAGAAUACUAGUGAUGGGAGCAACAAACAGGCCACAGGAGCUUGAUGAUGCAGUUCUCAGACGAUUCACCAAACGGGUAUACGUGUCUUUACCAAAUGAGGAAACAAGAUUGAUUUUGCUAAAAAAUCUUCUAAGCAAGCAAGGAAGUCCAUUGACCCAAAAAGAGUUGGCACAACUAGCUAGAAUGACAGAUGGAUACUCUGGAAGUGAUUUAACUGCAUUAGCAAAGGAUGCAGCACUGGGCCCUAUUAGAGAAUUAAAACCAGAACAGGUGAAGAACAUGUCUGCCAGUGAGAUGAGAAAUAUCAAACUAUCAGAUUUCACUGAGUCUUUGAAGAAGAUAAAGCGCAGUUUGAGCCCUCAGACCCUGGAAGCAUAUAUUCGCUGGAACAAGGACUUUGGAGAUACUACAGUGUGAAAUGCUACUUGAAAUGAAACAAAGUGCUGCCUAAGGAGCAACUGGUACAGACUACUUGGAAAGCAGAUAGAGUUUACAGGACUUUACAGAUCUUUAAGUAUCUGCAUUAAAACUUGAGAUUAAGAAAAAAUUAUACAAUGUGAAAUGUGUUCAUCAAAGCCUCUUUGCCAUUUAGUGAGGAUUUACACACUGUAAGUAAGAGCACAAUAGGACUUGAGAUAAGAUUCCUAGCAAUCCCAUUAUGGUUUGAACAAUAAUAUAUGUAUUUUCUUUCAGCUAGAAGGCUCUGAUGAUAUACAUCAUUGGAAAACCUUUUCCCUAUGUUGUGUGUGUGGCGUUUUGUUUUUAAUUUUGCCAUGACAUUGAUGUCUGGCUUUCUUCCUUAUAACUACUAACUGACAAUUGGAAAUUUGUAAACUUUGGUUCAGUUUUUGACUUUUUUUAUCCUUAAUGUGCCAAAUAAAGCAAUUUCCCUAUGCAGAGAGGAAGAGCAGCAUUGGGGAAUUACGAUUAUUAAAAUGUAAAAAGCAGCUGGUCUGUUAUUAUUUGUCUUUUUGUUUAGUUGUCAUGUGACUGUAUUGUUCACAGAACAGUUUUAAAGACCUUUGAUAGCAGAACAGCAAAAAACCCCAACCCUAUAAAACCAAUUCAGACUGUCUUUUAAAAAAAUAAAUUACUAAAUAAAAGACUAAGACAUUCAUUUACUGGCAGUAUUUUCUCUUAACGCAUUUUGUAACGCUUCCAUUGGUAGAGUGUUAGCUUACGCUUAUGGUGUACAACUUGAAGCCCAGCUGAUGUUUGAGAGAGUAAGUGAUGCUAAUUGUCAAGUUUCGGAAAUUACGUGUUUCUACUCUGUAUUUUGGUCUGUUUAUGAUAAUUGAAAGUAAAAUUUCCAUUGUGAUAAUUUUUUUAAUCUACACAUGUAAGCAUUAAAAUACAAGGCUACAUGUUUAAUACAUGGCACACAUUAAUGUUUUUAUAGCUUUCAUAUGUUUUGGUUUAUAUAUUAAAGUAUGAAACACUCAACUGAUCUGCUUUUUUAGAAAGAAACUGCAUCUUUGUACAAAUACUUUUUAUUAUAUAAAUGACAAGCUAUUAAAAAAACCCCCACAUAAGUGAUAGCCUUUAAAUACUGUAAUAAAGGAAAACAUCUUUGCCUUUA